CCACACCACAUCAUGUCACUCAAGCGCAAAGCAGUCGACGUAGCCGCUGAAGCGGUCAAGAAGCCGAAGGCCAAUGCUUCCAUCACAUCAUUCUUUGGCGCACCGAAGACCAACGGCCCAUCAUCAUCCACUAAUCCUUCCAAGCCAGCAAGCUCUCCCACAGCCCCAGCAACAGUGCCCAUCAAGUUCGACAAGGCGGCGUGGGUCGAAAAGCUGUCCGAUGACCACAAGUCGCUCCUCAAACUCGAGAUCGAAACACUACACGAAUCCUGGCUUGCUGUCCUGCACUCCGAACUGACCACUCCCGAAUUCCUCAACCUCAAACGCUUCCUCGUCAAAGAGGCCACAGCCGGCAAAAAGAUCUUUCCUCCAUCCGAGGAUGUCUACUCCUGGUCUCGACAUACACCACUUCCCAACGUCAAAGCUGUCAUCCUGGGCCAGGACCCUUACCAUAACCUCAAUCAAGCCCACGGACUAUGCUUCUCCGUUCGCCCACCCGUCCCUGCACCGCCGAGCCUGAAGAACAUCUACACGGCAUUGAAGAAAGACUACCCAGACUUCAAACCGCCGCCGAAUAAUGGCGGCUUGCUCACCCCAUGGGCGGAUCGAGGAGUUCUGAUGCUCAAUACAUGCUUGACAGUUCGGGCCCACGAUGCAAACUCCCACGCAAAGCAAGGUUGGGAACGGUUCACACAGAAGGUACUUGAUGCCGUCGCCUCGAAGCGAGUCAAAGGCGUGGUGUUCCUGGCUUGGGGCAGUCCGGCACAGAAGCGAUGCGAGAAGAUUGGUGGGAAGCAUUUGGUGCUGAAGUCAGUGCAUCCCAGUCCGCUGAGUGCUCAUAAGGGAUUCAUGGAUUGUGGCCACUUCAAGAAGGCGAAUGAGUGGUUGGUGGAGAGGUAUGGUGAGGACGGUGCGAUCGACUGGAAUCUGAAUGUUGCGCCGGCUGAUGCUGGAGUGUGA